AUGCCGGCUCUUUCUGUCGACAGUCAAUCGUCAACAAAUGCGUUCACACCGCUGCGCCCUGGCCAGAGCGAGGCACAGGCUUUGAGUCCCAAUGUCUCGCUCAGUGGAACUACUCUCAACUCCGGCAACUUAAGUCUUGGCUUGAAUGGAAGUAAUAAUAUGGAUGGGUCCAGUGUGCCCAUCCAGCCGGAAAGGGAGAGAGAGGAUCCUUUCAAAAUCUUGAACGAUGAGCUCAAUCUCGCAAAUCGUAUAAAGGAGGGUGCAGAGAAUAUGCUACAGAUCGAGGACCUCUCCGAGACCCUCCGUAUGCAGGUUGAAUCCGAACUCGAGAUUGCUAAUAAUAAGAUCAAUGCGCUGACACGAACGAUCGAGACUCAUUCGUCAAGGACUCGCAAGCAGAGCGCUGAGUCCAACAACAAGCCUAAAUCUGUCAAGCCCAUCAUCACUCAUGGUUCUAGGCGUAAUACGGAUGCAUCUGAGCGAGACGACUUCCGCUCUGCUAUGCAGCAGGCCAGCUCGUGUCUCAGGAAGCUAGUGUCCCUUUCUCGAUCCCCUCAUUCUGGAAUAUCUACAUCGCCCUCUACAUCACCUUCAAGUUCUACGUCUGCUCCGGAAAAUGCGACAGAUGCAGACUUGAGCCGUGCUAGGAUCGACACAAUGUCGCAGCUGAUCGAUAUACUUCAGCGCAAUAUGCGCGUCCGCUAUGAAUUGGAUGUUGGUGAGGUGGUGCAAGCAGUACUACCUUCGCUUUCGGAUCGGGCGUCGAAACGCUGCCGCGCUGUUGCCUACCGACUCAUCCGACAUACUUUAGUUGACUCCCAGUCCGUGAAGCGUCUACGAAGAGAGAAACUUGAUUGGUUCAUCGUGAAAUCGUUAUCUCGAGACAAUAAGCAUGCCAUCGAAAAGGAGCAGGUCAUCAAGCUCAUUCGGGCUAUCGUCGAAAUUGGCUCUGAACGACGUGCUCCAGGCGGCGGGGCGGGUUGCGGAGCAGUCCCUCUCUCCAAUGCAGUCAUGCGUGCGCUGAUCGCCGUCGCAGAGUCCAUCGAGGAUCCGUUCAGAUUAAUAUCUGUCCAAACUCUGACCGAAAUUUUGGUGAUUGACAUUGAGUUAAUGGCGGAUACUGGUGGCAUCAGGACACUUCUUCAUGCGUUAGCUGACGGUCCCCCCGAGAUGUCAUCACUUCUGGCAUCAGCGUUCCUUUAUAUCGUGGAUUCGCCUCGGACGCGGGUUUACCUAUGUCCAGGCGUAGAUCUGGAGAUCGCUCUUUCUGGUGUCACUGAUGCGUACGGGAAAGGGCAAGAGCACGCAGAACGAAUGAAAGAAUGCACAGUCCUGAUCUCAUCAAUGCUACGGACUUGGAGUGGUUUGAUGUAUUUCUGCUUGCAGGACAAACUGGCAAUCCGCACGUUGAUAGAUGCGCUGCGUAUACCGUCCCUUGAAACUCGCGAAAUCAUUCUUGACAUGUUUUUUGACCUCCUUAAUAUCAGAGCGCCAGAAUGGCAUCAGGCCUUCAUUAACGGCAAGCGCCUCACAAUCUAUCGUAAAACAAAACAAACUUCGGACCCUCUUAAGUCCGAAAAGCCGUUCGAGACUCAGAAGCCGGUAGAGGCUUCUCAGCGACCGUCAUUGAAGCUUACUAACCAAUAUAUUGCACUCUUGGUCCAAGUUUUCUGUGGAGCUGGGCUUCUGGAUGCACUGACGUGUAUGCUGGAAGAGAAUCCUGUCGGAUCCAAUUUAUCACGGAAAGCCACACUGCUAAUGGCAGAGGUCCUACAGACUGCUAACAGGGUUUUGCCUUUGUCUAUCGCGGCCCACGUACAGUCUCUUUGUCGGGUAUUCAGUCUUGCUUCCAAUUAUCACUCUGGAGAGCACCGUAUCGUUGGUACUUCGGCUUUGCUGUCUAUUGACAGUUUCAACCGGCAUCAGGCGCGGAUCCAACCUACCAACAGCACGGAGAAGGGGGACACUCGACCGAGAUCAAAUUCUAUCGAAGAUGCUGUUCGACGUGGUCAGAGGCAGGUUGAGCAGGCCAAGAUGAAGCUUGCAAUGCAGAUGGACGACAAAACGUUCCAGGCAAAUCUUUUGGACAGCCAGGUGAUGCUACACAAAGAUCAGACAAAGUGGAAUUUCGAUGUCUUACAAGAUUUGAUUGAGGGUCCCCUUUUGAAUCCAAAAAGACUGGAGGAAGCCAUUCGGGUAACACGCUAUAUGCGAAAACUGAUGUCGUUUUUCCACCCGUUCAGUCAUCGUUUCUCAGACCUCCCCAAUACUCCGUCAAACAAACGCUGGGUGAAGCUAGGAUGCAUCCUCCUAAAUGCUCUCAUGACGUGUACAGAGGGUGUCCGGUUUUUGUCUGAGGAUGACUUAUUGAAUCAAAUUGUAAAGAGCUUCGCUCAACUUGAUCCGUUCAAUAGCAAUCCCAUAUCGGACCCAAUAUUCUCGAAGCAUCGCGUUAAAAAUACCUUGACAUACGGCUACUUCGAGAUGCUAGGCACAAUGAGCAAGCGGAAGGAAGGAUUGGAACUGAUGGAAAAGUUCAAACUCUUCACCGCAUUCUACCACCUCAGCGAGCUGCGGAGUCGAGAGGACUUGACGACGCAAAUCAUUGAGCAUCUGGACUACGGCAUAGAUGGUCAUUCACGGAUCGUGCUGUCGAAAGCGCUCACGUCUAGUUAUAAGCACAUUCGGUUAUUCGCCACGAAUCGAUUGGGUGCUCUUAUACGUGCUAGUCCAAUGGCCAACGCGUGGACCUUACGCCUACUAUUAACUCAACUUUAUGAUCCUGCAGUCGAUGUCCAAGAGCUUGCCGUUCAUUUUCUAGAGGAAGCUUGUGAAGCUCCCGAUGUUCUCCAGACAGUAGUCGAGAUGCAACCAACGCUUGACCAUCUGGGUCAGGUCGGACAUGGGCUCAUGCUCAAGUUCAUGUCCACACCAAUGGGCUUCCGGUUCUUGUACGCAGCUGACUACAUUGAUCGUGAAAUGGACCUAUGGUUUCAUGAACGAAAUUUGCAAUAUGUAGUCCAUGUUGAGGUAUAUCUCACAAAGGCAUUGAGCUCUGUCUCUGCGGAGGACGAUGAAGAGCCACAGAAUCUCGAGUCGAUCGUUCCUCCUCACUUCUAUGGCGUUAUGGCCAAAACGGAACUUGGAUACCAAGUCCUCCAGGAGAAGGGACAUUUUGUUGAAUUUGCUCAAUUUAUUAGACAGCACGGUUUGGAGAGCGACGAUCACGAUCUCAUCGUGAAACUGAAGAGCAUUUUAUGGGCUGUCGGGAAUAUUGGGGCCACUGAGGGCGGUCUACAUUUACUUGAGGAUGAAGAGAUUAUUCCGUCAAUUAUGGAGAUAGCCGAACAAUCAUUAGUUCUUUCGGUCCGAGGGACAUGCUUCUUUGUGCUCGGCUUGAUUUCCUCUACUCCUCAAGGUGCCGAAAUUCUGGACGACUAUCGGUGGGAAGCGACCUUGUCACCUUUAGGGAUGCCAACAGGCUUGUGUGUUCCUGUCGAUGUGGACAAGUUUACCUAUAUACCUCCUUGGGAGUGUGUAUCUCACGAGGGAGCAAAUGAAGUCCAGUUGGAGCCCCCGAAAUCUGAGGAGGAGAUAGAAGUAAUAACUGCGAUUUAUAAUCUUGCGAAUACCGUCAUCGCAAAUAAUGCGUCUAGAUCGUUAGCAAAAAUGAAAUCUCGUCCAGAGUUCCGAGACAUUUUCAGCUCUCCUGUCAUGUUUUGUCGCGCUCUCCAUACCAUCUCAUCGCAAAAAUAUCGACUGCCUGUGCGGCGAUACAUUUUCGACCUCUUCAAUCUCGAGCUCGACUGUGACUUGGUCGACACGCUUUCGACAUGUGCUCAGACGCUCCUAUUGAAACCAACUACUAAACCAGCCAAGCCCGCAAGGAACAGGAUCAUGAGUGUCAUUGGUCGGCCAAACCCCCAAGAGGGAGGAUCUGACAGCGACGAGGAGUCUAUUUCUGAUCACGGAGAACGCACGGCCGUGGUGGAUAAAGCUCCUGCGAUGAGCUUACGGCCUGUGAGCCGAAUCGUCGGGUUCCAGGACAACAGCUAUUUUGACUAA